AUGAUGAAGGGCCCUUCCACUCUUCUCCUCCUGGCGGCCAUUCGUGCCUUGGCCCAGAACUUCAACAGCGGCUCAUUUACAGGGACCGCGACGUUGACGAUCUCCGGGAGCACUGUGACGGUUGGCGGUACGAAUGCUGCCACUUUCGUCGUCGGGUCGAGCACCAUCACAGUCGGUGGUGCCACCUCCAGCAGCUCGUCGGAUGAUGCCAGUGCUACCGCCUCUAGCGACGACGAUAGCGGGGAUGACAGCAGCGACGACGGGGGCGAUGACACUUCGUCAGAUUCUUCGGAUGGGGGAUCCGACGGAGACGACGACAGCAGCAAUGACGAUGCUGGUACGGCUAGUUCUGCCGCCAAUAGUUUUAUAGCCAACUACACCUCGGCCUAUACAGGCUCGCCGGUCACUAUCCAAUACGGCUCGUCUACAGUCACCCUGGGCUCUUCUUCCUCUGCUGCCUCAGCCGGCUUCAGCUACUCUGGCAACGGUACCAGCAGCACAGCGGGCGGAAACAAUGGCGACGACAACGGCGGAAAGACCAGCGGUAGUGCUACUGCGACGCCAAUUGGUCCGACGGCGCCUCUGGCCACCGCAUCAGAUUCGGCGAACAAGUCUGCGGCCAGCGCCGUUCAGGCUGUGACCGGCUUGUUGGCGCUCGUAGGCCUCGCUCUUGCUUUUGUCUUCUAG